CCGCGAUUCUUUCUCAGCCUUGCGAUCUCAGGUGUGAUAGUUGAUAAAUCUUGACUUGAAUAAUACCACCAGCCAGUCUUGCCGCCUUCCCACAGCAGCAAAAAUGACGUCCUCAAACGAACCAUUCUACUUGCGAUACUACUCUGGCCAUAUGGGUCGUUUCGGUCACGAAUUCCUUGAAUUCGAUUUUCGAGUCGUCGGCGAUGGUCGCAGCGCGGUUGCCCGAUAUGCCAACAACUCCAACUACCGAAACGAUAGUUUGAUCCGAAAAGAGAUGUGUGUCAGCUCAGUAGUUGUCGACGAAAUCAAGCGCAUCAUCAAGACGAGCGAGAUCACCAAAGAAGAUGAUUCGAAAUGGCCUCAGAAGAAUAAAGAUGGACGCCAGGAAUUGGAGAUUCGGAUUGGUAAUGAUCAUAUCGCGUUCGAGACCGCCAAGAUUGGUUCCCUGGUGGAUGUCACAGAGUCUGCUGACCCAGAAGGUCUGCGAGUGUUCUACUACCUUGUUCAGGAUCUCAAGGCUCUAGUUUUCAGCUUGAUCGCUCUGCACUUCAAGAUCAAGCCAAUUUAAAGGACGGGCCCGACUAAAACUAAUGGGAUACGGUGUUAUGGGAUCGAAAAGUCGAGGAUGCAAAUCUCGAUGAUAGAGGUGAUGAUUCGGCUGUAGCUAAGAACGAUACCCGUACUGUGAAAGAAAGGCGCGAAAGACUACCAGAAACAAGCCAUGUUUAUUUAUCACGAAUGAAAGAACAAUAUCACCAAAGAAGCGAUCUCAUAGAAAAGCAUUUUGAGCACUGUUGUCGGGUAGGUGGAAUAUCACUAGAUACUCAUCGAACCUUUCGAUCAGAGAGCUAGGGAAACCUUGGGAGUCACAGAUGCGGGAAAUCUUGGGAUAAUGCCCUGGGGGAUGUGGUACGACGGGGAAUGGAGUUAUUUGU